AUGGCUCCACGGCGUCAAAGAUCCAAUGGCAGGCCCAGAGGAUUGCAACCACCUCAAAGCCAACUCGCUUCACAAGUUCACAAUCCUCCUGCAAGAAGAAUUCAUAGAGAUGCUGCGCAAAUGAAUCCACUCAGAAAUUUGAGAGUUUUGAGAAAUUCAACAGUCCAGGCAACGAACGAGGUUAACAGGAGAAAUCCUAAUGAUACGGUCAAGACACCAUUCCCAGAUUCAAUCAUUACACGUUCUGAUUUUGACUUUGCAUCAGUUCCAUAUUGUGAUGUUGGUAAAUUCAAUAAAAGGUGCCCCAACUGCAAUGCACUAAGCUUCAAUUGUUUGAUUGAAGGCCAGAAAGAACAGUGUAGGGUUUGCAAAAACUCUGAUCGUCUUUUGGACCCUGCUGGAGACCCACUUUUAAAACCUUUACCGGCUUUGCCUGACUGUCUAAAACCUUUUUUCUAUCCUUCUGAUAACCCAGAUGAAAUUGCAAUGAAAAAGAACAUAAGGGUUUUCAACAACAUGUUUGCUUUUAGCUCCUUAAGAUGUGAGGUUGCUACAAAUCGUCAUAUUGGUGUUCCCUAUCCUUUCAUUUUCGUCGGUGGUCAAUUGUCCCAUCAAAUAAAGGAUCUUCCUCAAACAAUUUUCAAUCGUCCACAUGAGAACCAAACCUCAACUCCCACUGAAGGUGUUAGAUUCGCUCAAAUAUACACAUAUGACCCAGAUGAGGCAACAAGAAUUAGAAUCAGCAAUAAUCCAUUCUUACAACAAUCACAGUUGGGUGUAGUCCACGAUAUAGAAAUUUUUAUGAGAGAUCAUAAUCCUUUCGCAUCAUUAUAUCAAAAUGCUUCCAAAAUAUUAACACAAUUACCUUCCAUUCCUUGGGAAUCUUCAAUUAAAUUAGUUCGACAACAAAUGGAUGAUAAAAAUACUUAUAGCACACCAACUGGUGAUGAAAUCGCUGCUUUGAUCAACAAACACAACCCUACAGGUUCGCUUCCACAAAGAAUGGUAUUAACCACCGGUGGUGAGUUUAGAUCAAUCGACCAUACAUCUGAACUUUUUUUCCCAUCUCAUUUGCCUUUUCUGUUUCCCUUUGGAGAAGGUGGUUGGCAGGCUAAAACUCAAACGUUACUCGGCACUCAACAUCUAUCGUUAGCAUCAUGGGCAAAUUAUCGAAGCGCUGCUUUACAUGACGACAAAAAUUACAUAGUUCAUGGUGGAAAAUUAUUUCAAGAGUUUAUCACCUCUGGAUACGCUGUCAAUCAAUUAGCGAAAGUCAACUAUAUAAGACAAAAUCAAACUCAAAUCAGAGCUGACCAGUAUAAGAAUUUAGAUGGUGAUGACGUUCUAAAUGAUGUAUAA